AGGCAACUUCCCAGUCUGUCUUGAUGCGCUUUACUAUCCCCGUGCCAAGGCUCAACAUCAGACGGUGGCGAUUGCAGUCUUGGAUAUAAAAGAAAGCCGGCGUCCUUGGAUAUCGUCACUCGAACACCUUCUGGAGCACCCUUCUCACUCACGCGGUCUCAGUUCAACUCGCUUCAGGCUCCCGGUUCAUUCACCUUGUCCGCAAACAUGCAUUCUCACUCUAAGAUCGCCCUUGCUGGCCUGAUCUCGCUGGCCGCUGCCCAGCAGAUCGGCACCAACAAGGCCGAGGUUCACCCUAACCUGCAAUGGCAGACCUGCACGGGGCCCGGCCGAUGCUCCACCGUCAACGGCAAGAUCGUGCUCGACUCCAACUGGCGCUGGACUCACCGCACCAGCGACUACACCAAUUGCUACACGGGCAACAAGUGGGACACGAGCAUCUGCACGAGCAACGACGCCUGCGCGGCCAACUGCGCGGUCGAGGGUGCCGACUACUCUGGCACCUACGGCAUUACAACCUCGGGCAACGCCGUGACUCUCGCAUACCGGACCAACGACAACAUUGGCUCGCGUAUCUACCUCAUGGCCACCGACGACCAGUACCAGAUGUUCACCAUGAACGGCAACGAGAUUGCCUUUGACGUUGAGAACGCCGGCCUCGGCUGCGGUCUCAAUGGUGCCGUCUACUUUGUGUCCAUGGACGCCGAUGGUGGCAAGGCCCGCAACCCCACCAACAAGAUUGGUGCCAAGUACGGUGCCGGCUACUGUGACUCGCAGUGCCCUCGUGACCUCAAGUGGAUUGCCGGCAAGGGCAAUGUCGAGGGCUGGAAGAACAUUGGCAACGAUCCCAACUCGGGUAUCGGCAACCUCGGCGCCUGCUGUGCCGAGAUGGACCUGUGGGAGGCCAACCGCGAGUCCUUUGCCCUGACUCCUCACCCUUGCUCCACCAGCUCGUACACCACCUGCUCCCCCAGCACCUGUGGUGGCACUUACGGCGACGACCGCUACGCCGGUGUCUGCGACGCCGACGGCUGUGACCUUGCUCCCUUCCGCCACGGCAACACCGGCUUCUACGGUCCCGGCAAGACCAUCGACACGACCAAGAAGUUCACCGUCGUCACCCAGUUCUCCGGCUCGGGCACCUCGCUCACCGCCAUCAAGCAGUACUUUAUCCAGAACGGCAAGAAGUUCACCGUCCCCGGCUCCAAGUACGUCAGCGACGGCACCCAGAUCACUGCCGACUACUGCGCCGCCCAGCAGACGGUCUUCAAGGACGCCAAGAAGUUCUCCGAGGUCGGCGGCCUCUCCCAGAUGGGCAAGGCCACCGGCAACCCCAUGGUCCUCACCCUCUCCAUCUGGGACGACGGUUUCGCCAACAUGCUCUGGCUCGACGGUGUCCAGUACCCAACCUCCCGCUCCGCCUCGGAGCCCGGCGUGCCCCGCGGUGUCUGCCCCCUCACUGGCUCUGAGCCCGCCACCGUCCGCGAGAAGUUCCGCAACGCCAAGGUCACCUACUCCAACAUCAAGUUCGGUCCCAUCGGCUCGACCUACACCAUCUAAGCGGUUUCCCACAUCCCUCUCGACGGCAAUCCCGCUCGGAUUUUGUAUGUUCGGAAGGAGCUUUUCAUCCGUGGGCAACCAAACCCCUCAAAAAGACAGAUCAUAGGGUUGUUGUCGCGCUUUGUUUGGUUUUAUACGCUUCUUUAUUGAGGUGGCUCGGCUGAGUCUGAAGAUGUGUGCAUCGCUGAGAUGCCCAGUGGGCGAUUCGCGGGCACGUCUUCGUCUUCUGGAGGGGAGAUGGGAAAGCGGCGCUUCUUGCCCGCUUGCACUCUUUUUUGGCUUUCCUGUUUCUACAUCAAGGUCCUUUCUUUGGUAGAUAUACAAGGAUUCAUUAAACUUG